AUGUGGGUGCGAGUGGCCACUAUGAAUUUCACCAACACUGCCAAGCGUUGGCUCCAAUCUAUUAACCAGAAGAUCCCACAAACCGAUUGGACCACGCUAUGUGCUAUGAUCCGCGAGCGCUUCUGCAGGGAUCAGCACGAGCUUCUCCUCCGCCAGCUUUUCCAAAUCAAAAUGACUGGCUCUGUUCAAGAUUACAUUGACAAAUUUGUUAACCUUGUGGAACAACUCUCUGCCUAUACACCCAACCCAGAUUCCUUGUCCUAUGUCACUCGAUUCGUGGAUGGUCUUCGAGAUGACAUCCGUUCUGUCAUUCUUGUUCAGAGGCCUGCCGAUUUGGAUGCUGCUUGUACGCUUGCCCUUUUGCAGGAAGAGGCGCUGGACCCGCAUCGGCGCAAGGAGAUCAAGCGGACCGAUGCGCCCCUGUUUCCCAAGCCGGCCCAGACGCGGGGCGCGUUUCCUCUACCUCCACCACCGCCGCGCCCUGCUGUCGGUCCACCGCUGGUAGAUGACAAACGGCCGCCUGAUGAUCGUCGUCAAGAUCAUCGUCGUGCUAAUGUGGAUGAGAAACUGCAGUCGCUGCGAUCGUACCGCAAGGCACGCGGCCUCUGUAUGCGAUGUGGCGAAAAGUGGCAUCAGGGCCACAAAUGUGCUCCAGCUAUUCAACUUCAUGCACUUCAAGAAGUUUGGGAGAUGUGCCAGGAUAUGUUCUUGGAUGAUGGUUUGUCUGAACAAGAAGCUGAGCCCGUGACUGAUCUGGCAUUUCUGCUGCUAUCUGCUGAUGCUUCUUCCCCCUCAAUACAUCCUCGCACUUUGCAGUUCACCGGGCUGAUUCAGGGGCGAUCAAUCCGUGUUCUGGUGGAUUCUGGCAGUACACAUUCCUUUCUGGAUGUUCGUCUGGCUGCAUCUCUUUCAGGUGUGCAGCCCCUCCCCACUCCAACUCGGGUAGCUGUCGCCAAUGGUGGUUCAGUAGCAUGUGAGGCCCAAAUUCAAUAUGCAGAAUGGUCUAUUCAGGGAUAUACUUUCCAUUCCACCCUCAAGCUGAUUCCUAUUGGCAGCUAUGAUAUGAUAAUUGGCAUGGACUGGCUACAGGCAUUCUCCCCAAUGAAAGUUCAUUGGGUGCAGAAAUGGAUUCAGAUUCAGUAUGGUUCUGUGGUUCUGCAGGGAGAGCUACCCAUUCCUUCUGAAUGCACCCUGGUCCAAGUGUUUCAAGUGAAUGAUUCAGAGCCUGAACCUGUGAUACCUGUCGAAGUUCAGCAACUGCUUACAAAGUACAGUCACUUGUUUCAGCCUCCAACUGAGUCACCUCCAAGACGACCUUGUGACCGUUCAAUUCCAUUGUUGUCGGGUGCCCAGCCAGUAGCUUCUCGUCCCUAUCGCUACUCCCCAAUACUCAAGUCAGAAAUUGAGUCACAGGUCAACGAGAUGCUGCAGUCAGGUUUCAUCAGGCCCAGCACAAGUGCAUUUUCUUCGCCGAGAAUUUGA